AUGUCGACCAACUCCAAAGGACAAUCAUUUUUGCUAGAUCAUGCUCAAAUGGUCAGAGAUUUUCAGCAUCAUGUGAAAAAACUGAAAGAUCAUUCAAAUCAUAUUGGCACUUCUAAAGAUAACAACGAGCUUCGCUUAGCGAUUGCAGCAGAAAAAGAAUCAGCCAUGAACUUAUGUCAAGAAAUUCUUGACGCUUUCAAAACUCAGCCUCCUAACCGGGCCGAAAAACUCCAGCACGAUAAGCUCACCAAAGAGUUCGAAGCAUUAUCUAAGCAAUUUACAUUAAUUUGCCGAGGAUUGGUAGAAAAACAGAAAACAAUUAUAAUAGAAGAAGAAAAAGAAAGAAGUAGCAGAUCAGUAGAGCAAAGUAAAGACACAAUUCAUUCGUCUGAUUUCAAAAGCGUCGGAGGUCUUGAAGAUUCACUUUUAAAUAGAAGUAGAGUAGAAGAAUUAGAGGUCCUGGAAAAAGAUAUGGAGGUCGUAAAUCAGAUGUUUAAAGAUGUUGCAGUCAUGGCAAAUGAGCAAGGAGUUUUAAUUGAUGAGGCUGUAGAAAAUGUAGAUACAGCGGUAAAGGAAACAGGGAGAGCAGAGGAGGAGCUGGUCAAAGCGGAGAAAUAUCAGAAGAAAAGUAAAAGGAAAGUUCUAUGCAUUUUAGGGAUAGUGGCAAUUGUUGUGAUUGUGCUAUUGGGUAUUGUUUUAGCGACAAUAGUUUUUUAA